CAACUGUAUUAUUGUGUGCAGGUCAUUACAGAAGACAAUUUUGCUAUUCAAAUCUGAUCAAACAGUUAUCAGUUAUAUUCUUGCAGCGAUUUUUUCCCCGGAUUUUUUUUUUAAAGGAGCAUUUAUUACUUCUAUUAUUUAAUUUUAUGUUAAGCUAUGUCCAGCUGGCAAUUUAGUCCAGCCCUCUUAAUGUUUAUUUGCAGUGAUUUGCCAAACAAGGAAAUGCAACAGUCACCGUUUAUCUACUUUCUGGCUCUGUUGCAUCAUCAAAGUUAAUUUUUAACUUUCACUUUUAAAAAAAAUAAGUAAGAAGUUCAUUUGGAGGGAACAUAGUUUUGCUUUCGUCAAUAACUAAUGUGUUUAAAACUAUUCCUCAGGCCCCUCUUGACUUUAAUGGUACAUUCCAGGAAGUUUCAUUCAUCGUGCAACCGGGUGGGUGGUUUGUCCGAUCGUUAUGCAUCAUGAAUUCAGUCCGCAAAGGAUGAAUGAAAAUGCCUGCGUUGAUCCAGUUGCCAAUAUACAACGAUCCAAAAUAGUCGAUUUUAAAAGCCAGUAAAAGAUUAUUCCUGCCUGUCAUUAUGUUAGAGUGGAUGAAUCUGUGUGUGGCUAUUAGCCUGUUCGUCAUUCUUUUGUUAUUAGCAGGUUACUUUUUAUACUCCGGACUCCUGUCGGAUAUUAUCAUUUUUACCGGAUCUCCUCCUAUAAAAAGGGUGACAUUCGUCUACAAGUUUAUGGAAGGAUCCUAUAAAAAAUGUGCAAAACAGUUUCAAGAAGCCAACAGUAUCGGGCCUAAACUUUCUUGUAUCGGAAUAUUCUAUGAUGAUCCCCAAAAGGUGCCCGGACCUCAGUGCCGCUGUGCUAUCGGCAGUAUUGUCAGCGAAGGGGAGAACAAGGCCGACAAGGAGCUUCUGAAGCGCUACGAGACAUGUGGCUUUAAAGUUUUCUCCUUUCCUGAAGUCACUCACGUGGUCACUACCUCAUUCCCCCACAGGACCAUUUUCUCCAUCCUCCUGGGAGUAAAAAGAGUCUAUCCACGGCUAGAAAGCUACAUAAAGGAUAGAAAACUUUGUGCACAUCCUUUCCUCGAGAUCUACAGUGAGGAUCUGAUCCACUUCAUGGCUCCGCUGGCUCGACAGGGAGACUUCUACGUUCCGGAAGCCCGUCUAGCGGAAAGGAGGCUUUCUUCGGAACAAGAAGAAUCCGACUCGGAAAUUUCAGGUGCAGACUCAAACAGCGAAUACAGCUCAGGGAGUGGGAUUCUUUUGUCAGACAGCCGAGAGACAUCACCGGCCGUGUCCUCGGCCCGCUCUGAAUCCGUCCAGGACCCCGAGAACGCAAAUCACGGAGGGGAAACUUCCAGGGAGCGAUCCCUCAAGGAGGUGGACUUGGAACGAAAUGAGCAGGAAGGAGAGCAGUUUAAGAAAGGCUCGAGCCAGGUGAGCCUUGAUCCCGUCCCACAGUUUUUGGGUGUUGUUAGUGGCGAGGAGUAAAAGUUGACUGAGCAGGUUUAAAAAUUCAUACAGCAGAACCUUCGUUGUGUCAAAAGUUCAUCUGAAAAUAAACACAACAAAGUUCGUUUGAUUCUCAGGACAUGCUGAACUUUUUUACUUUUUUGAUGACCCUCAGUCACAAGCCCACUCUUCUGCCGGAGGCACAAAUAUUGAAUAAAUAUCUUCAUGUAUUAAUGUUUUUUUUUUUCCACAAUUUAUUAUAUUUUGAUAUUAUUUUGGCCGCUUCUCACCUUGCACUAUACAUCCUGCAAAUAGAAUCUCCCCAGCCAUUUUUUCAGUGCCGCUUUUUGUUGAGCAAAAUAAAUUUUACUUGAAUGAUUUCCACACAGCCAAGCAAGUAUUAGGGUCAACUAGUCAUUAUUUUUCUUCUUUUGCGGGAACAUUAGUGAGGUCAGAGGUCAUUGACGGAUCCAAGAGAGGAGCCUACUGGGCUAAUGAUCUAUGUUGCAAUGUUUGUCAGAAGAGAUGUUCCACUUCAAACUCUUCAAACUUUAUUGAUGUUGCUUUCUGCGCUGGUGCACAUAAAAAAGAGCCUUUCCCAAGUUGUUCCUUCAAAGUUGGAAGCAUAUACUUGCCCCUUAAGACAUUGAUAAGCUGAAUAAUUCAAAUUUAGGAGGAACUUAGGGAUCCAGUCCUAUUUAAGUCGAACUGUGUUUGUGUAUAUGUAGUGUUAUAUAUGGCUGUCAUUUAUAAUGGCCACUGUUUAUUUUAAGUUUUUUACUCAUGCACAGACAUGCAGAUUCACACAAAACUCUUAGUACUGUGUAUAGUAUUUGAAUACUUUUAAUGGUUUUAAUAAAAUAAUUUUAGAAACA